UUCUCACCUGUAACGAUGGAGGCGCGUCAUGCAUCUCUUGGUCGACGAACGCUGGAGGAAAUUCGUCAAAAGAGAGCCGCGGAGAGAUUGAGCAAAGCCUCUUCGGGGCCAGAUCUGAGCCAGGUUCCGAGCACCUCCGAGAUUGCGGGAAUGAACAAAUCGGAGAGCGGAAAUCGUCUCUCUGAGACAGACGUUAGCGCUCUACUAUCUCAACUAAAAGAUCUGCAAAAUAAGAACAGAGAUUUGGAGGAAGAAAACAAAAAAAUAACUUUAAAGCUUCAAACGAUGGAAAUUGAUAAUGGUGCAAUGCAGAAGCAGUUGAAUGAUCUGGAGCAAAACACGGUGCCAUCUCUCCGGAAAGCUCUCAAGGAUGUUGCAAUGGAGAAAGAUGCAGCAGUUGUUGCACGGGAGGACCUUUUAGCGCAGCUUCGUACCCUGAAGAAACGUCUUAAGGAAGCAGAAGAUGAGCAAUAUCGAGCUGAGGAAGAUGCUGCAGCAUUGAGAGCAGAGUUAAACUUAAUUCAGCAGCAAGCAAUGACUAAUACGGUUAGCACAAUUUCAUCACUUGGUAAUCCACCAGAUCAUCUUCAAAGAUUAGAAAAGGAGUUAGCUGGUUUAAAAUUGGAACUGCAGCGAGAGUCGCUGUUGAGGCACCAGGGGCAGGAACAAUUAGCAAAAGAGCAAAUUCGCAUUGCAUCACUGAUGUCUGAAAAGGAAGAGUUGGAAGCGAAACUUCACUCCAUGUCUAAAGAGGCUGCAGAAGUCUCAGAUAAAGCAGCUCACAAGGCGUUUUCUUUGGAAGACAAGCAGAAACUUGAUAUGCAAUUGCAUGAUAUGGCAUUAGCUAUUGAGAGGUUGGAAAGCAGUAGGCAGAAACUUCUCAUGGAGAUUGACUCACAAUCUACAGAAAUAGAGCGACUUUUUGAGGAAAAUUCCAAUCUCUCAAAUUCAUAUCAGGAGGCCAUUGGAGCUGCAGGUAGAUGGGAAAAACAGGUGAUGGAGUGUCUUAAGCAAAAUGAAGAGCUCCGUGGGAUUCUAGAGAAAUUGAGAAUGGAACAGGCUAGGGGCUUACCAGACUCCUUUAAAAAUGGGGCACAUGAGAUUGGUUCCUCUGCAUCCACAGGAGAGAUGGCAUCUAUGAAGGGCCAACUAGUGAAAGAACAGAGCAGAGCAGAGGCACUAUCAGCAGAAGUCAUGCAGCUUUCUGCACAACUUGAACAAGUUAAACAAGCAUAUGAUGGUCUUGCACGCUUCUAUAGGCCAGUACUGCACAACUUUGAAACCGGUCUCAUAAAAAUGAAGCAAGACAGCUCGUUGGCUGUACGGUGAUUGCAAUGAGCAGUUUCGUGAUGAUACGUUGGUUGUGAUUGUGAAGCCCUUGUUUGAAGCCAUGAAUUUGCAAUGUUAACAGAAUUUGUUUACCAUCGUUAAUAUUAUUAAUUUCUUAUAAAUGAAGCAAGAUAAUUCAUUAGCUGGUGGUUAUGGGAAUGAGCAGUUUUGUGGUACUACUCAGCAUCAUUAAUUUUUUUGUGGUUAUGGGAAUGAGCCCUUGUUAUACAGUGACAUUUUUUUGUAAGAUGUGUCAUUCUUUGUAUCAUUA